GAAGCAGAUGCGGUGUGACGCAUCAGCGGUGCUUGUGACUUGCGAAAUGGAGAAAGGAGGUGUUCGUGUUCAACAAGCCUGUGCGUUUGCGUAUUUUACACUUAAAUAAAACGGAAACAUCGACAAGCAGGACGACGUCUCCAACAGCCGGCUGGAUACGACCACAGCAGCCAACAUAGAGCUCAUGAAAUGCAGCACUCGGUAGGAUGAUCAGUAAUCAAGAAGAAGAUGAGUUUGUUGCAGUGCGGGUCCAAGAUCCCCGCAUUCAGAACGAAGGCUCAUGGAAUUCAUAUGUGGAUUAUAAAAUAUUCCUACAUACCAACAGUAAAGCCUUUACAGCGAAGACGUCCUGCGUGCGUCGACGCUACAGUGAGUUCGUCUGGCUCAAGAGGAAGCUUCAGAAGAAUUCUGGUUUGGUGCCAGUCCCAGACCUUCCAGGAAGGUCUUUCUUCUCCUUCAGCAAUGAGGAUUUCCUGGAGAGGAGAAGGAAAGGACUUCAGGCCUUCUUGGACAAAGUGGUGCACAUGACAGUAUGCCUGUCAGACAGCCAGCUCCACCUCUUCUUGCAGACGCAGCUGCCGGUCGGUCACAUCGAGGACUGCGUGCAGGGCCACACUCCCUACUCUGUGACGGACGCCAUCCUCACUUACGCCUCAUCCAAUCGGGGGUUCGCUCAGGCUCAGGAGGAGGAUUGCAUUAAAGAGCCAAUUUUGACUGUUUCUUAUGAGUCCAUGGAGAGCCCAGCUCCUCAUCAACCUUGCCUACAAACUAAAGAGAUCUGCAGCACUGAGCUUCUUUCAUGUAGUGACUAUGACCCACUAGAUAGUCUACUGGAGCUUUGUGAUGAGGACACGGUCCAGUUACAGCACAAGGAGAAAUCCUCAAUAAAGGUCAUCCAGAAGAACGACCAUCUAGAGGCUGUUGUUGAGGACUGUGGCCCGACAGAAAUAAAGUUUUUUCUAGAUAACAGCCUGGACGAACCUGAGAGUCUCGGCCUUCCAGAACAACCCCAGCAGGGUUGCUGUCAGAUACAGACACCAGUGGAGGUGCACUCGCCCAUGGGGACUGGCUUUGACGAGAUCUGUGGGGUGGACAGCAUGUUUGAGGAGUGUUCGGUAAGAGAGGAGAGCGUUGUGACAUUAGAUACAGAAGAAAAGACUGUUACUUAUCCAGACACAGAGGAGAAGGCUGAUCAACGGGAAUGUUCUGGGGAGGAAAAUAUAGAAAACGUCGACUCUGAGCCAGAAAAAUGUGUGGACUGUGUAGCGAUUUCAGACUUUAAGGACAAUGAUGCCAGAUCUCAGGAGGAAGUUCUGGAAAACAUCUGCUCUGAGGUUUUUGAAAAUCGUGUCAUCUCUGAGGUUAAUGGUCUCGAGCACGAUGGAGCCGACGGACGACAAGAGCCAGACAACAAUACAAGUGAUGACUCACAAAGAAAAGAACUGGAGACCCUACAUGGGUCAGAAAUCCAUGAAGAGACUCACAAUGUGCACAGGGUCCCAGAGGUGGAAAGUGGGGCCGAUGACAUCGUUCAACAAAACCAAAAGACAGUUGAAGAGGAAGUGGAUUUCGUUGGGACCAAAGACGAGAGCGACGAGGACAGCUGCUCAUCUUCCAACGGGAGCAUCGUCAAGGUCAGCGAUGAAGAAAGCAUAUGCGAAGAAAACAGGGACUCGAUCCAGGUUGCAAACGGCUACAUGAAGAUGUCUCCGGAGGAGGUUACUCACUGGUCAGAAGUAGAGGCCUCCAGUACAAACAUUUUGAACCGACACAUGAAUGGAUGUCUUGCGGGAACAGAGGACAUUACCACCCAGGAGGACGAGGACCUGCGAUACAUGACAGACAUCAGGGACUUGAGUAAAUCUCUGGACCUUAACUCAACUGUAACCAUCGAAGAUGUGACUGAAAAUAGUGACUUCAGCAUCUUAGGGACCAGCUUCACGCACGGAUUAGACGAUCGUAAAGAGCAGGAAACCUUGUCCUCGCUGUCUCUGGAAACCUCAGAGGAGAUUCGUGAGGUAGAGGCGCAUUAGUGAAACAGCUGACGCAUUCGAUCACACGCACAUAAACUAGGUUCAUACUGGUUGUUGUGUUCUGCUCAUUAUAUGCAGAAUGGAUGGUCUUAUAAGACAAGGACAGAGGCAUAUUAUGCUUUAAGAGGACCGUAUGAUUUAAACCUAGAGCUGUCACGCACGUUGUAGGUCUAACAUUCUUUUCUUUUAAAUAAAUUUCAUUUUAAAAUUAGCAUAAUUUACUUUAACAUCUUCAUUUUUCACUCAGGUACACUAAAUAUUUCCGAGACAAUAUGUUUGUCUCCUAUGAUGAUUGGCUCUUUGGGAACAGCAGAGGGGGCUGAAGUUCACAAAAAGGCUACGUGCAUUUAAGUAAAGAGGUGAUUCACCCAUAUAGAAGGAGCUAAAGGUUUUAUUGUUGUGUGAACAGAUAAAUGUCAUUGCUCUGAAAUGUAGUCAUGAUAGUUCUUGUUACUUAAACAGAUUAUGACAGAGAUAUACACUUGAAUUAAAGGAUAGAUUCACAUUUUUUCAAGUGACUGUCAACACUCACAUGUCUGUAUGUACUUUGCUAAAUAUCCACUGAACUCACGUUAACUGUAGUUGAACUUUGAGGGCUGAUGGUUUUGCUGAAUCACGUGCAUUGCAAUCACUUUAGAAAGGGAAGCCAGCAUGGGCAGGAGAAACAUUUACAGCAGCCAAAAACUGUUUCAGUGUACGUGUGGGCAUGUGAGUAUUGUUUUAAGACACGCUUGGAAAAAUCCAUCAUUAAUAAAGUAAUUUGAGAAUCACGCAUCGCUCUCAUUUACAGCCUCGCUUAAUGUGAAAACCAUAAAUAUCACUGUAUUAUUGAGUCCUACUGAAUCCUGAUAAUGUAAGUUUAAUGCUGAAAUAAGUCACUAACUCUGGAUGUUUAGAUUUAUCUACAGAUGGAAGUCAUAAUGUGAAAGGUCAAAAUUAAACCAGUUCAGUAACAUGUUUUAAUUGAGUUUACCUCAAUGAGUUUACUUACAUUAUCAGCACACAAUGCUCUGAACAAAUUAUGUGUUACAGGCAGGAGCGUUAGCCUGAUAUUUAUUUUCAGACGGUGGAUCAGAGAGGGAAAAUAAUCUUUUAUAUGUUAUGCUCUUCUACUGGAUUUUUUGUGAGCAUACCUCAUAUACACUAAUCUCUACUAUUGUCAGUCUCUGUCAUGUCAUAUAUAGGCUAUUUACAUGUUCUGUGAGCACAACCUUAAUUCCAGUUAGUCCGACACUUGUGUAAGCUUUCUGCAGUUUGACUUGGACAUUGUUUUCACACAUUACUGCUGCAUUUAAAAAAAAGUACCCAGAGUUUAUUGUGCAGACGGAAGUGAGUGUGUCACUCAUCCCAUGUGGCAGCCAUAAGAUCAAGUAGGUGACUGGGUUUUGCUUUUUUCCCCUACAUUGUAAAUGAGUUCAGGUUUUUGUGUACAAGUUGAGUUGCUUUUAAAAUGUUUUUAAAAUAAUGUUCAGAGGCAAAACACCCCGUGUAAGGAGAACUCAAUUUUAAAACAUGGAUCUAAAAGGGCAAUGAUAACAACCUGAGUGACGGUGUCCAUGUAAAUUCACCAACUAUCAUCUAAUUUCUUUCAAAUAAAAUAUUUAUCUGUGUUA